AUGGAUAGUUCCAUGCCACUGAAGCCGAAUAAAAUUGAUACGAAAUUGCUAUUCUACGAAAAUAAGACGCUCACACAAUUCGACAAAACGAUGAUUAAUUCAAGUCUGCCAACUUUCAUCGGUAUUCAUGGAUGGAGUCCUUCAUUGAAACGCGCAAGCGUAAAAACAGUCCCUGGUCACGUUUUGUUUAUUGCAGAUAUUUUUGAUGUUAUUGGAGAAAAAACAAAUGGAAACUUUAUUAUCGUUAAUUGGCGAAAAGGGUCGUCUACACUGAAUUAUCCGCAAAGUUGCAGCAACAUAAGAGUUAUUGGUCGCCAAAUUGCUAAUUGGAUCAAUGAGAUAGAAGAUUUGAACGUUACUGAUGUUCAUAUCAUCGGACAUUCUCUUGGAGCUCAUAUGGCCGGAUACAUCGGGAAAGAAUUGCAGCUUAUGGGCAAACUUAUCGGAAGAAUAACUGGUUUGGAUCCGGCCGGGCCUGCUUUUAGCUUCCCAGCGUCCUGGUAUGUCGAGUUCCCCAAUGAACUGGAAAAAGUGCACCUAUGGCAUUCUGAUGCUGAAUUUGUUGAUGUUAUACACAGUGACGCGGGAACAUUUGGAAACGGCCAUUAUGGACAUGUCAAGCCACUGGGACACGUUGACUUUUAUCCUUCGAUGGGAAGAGAUCAGCCUUUUGUAACAUCUACCGAUAUCAUAACAGACUAG